AUGACUGCAUGCCUGCAUACGUGCAUGACACAUGCAUGCUGGCUGAUCUACUGGGACAUAGUGGAAGGCCAGGGCGAGCCCCCAUCGCCAGGACAGGAGGUGGAGUUCAACUACAUAGGCUUUAACGAGUCAGGCAGGCGUGUGGACAGCACGUACCUGCAGGGCCGCCCCGCCAAGACCAGAGUUGGCAUCAACGGCAUGAUUCCAGGGUUUGAGGAGGGCAUUAGCGGCAUGAAGGCAGGGGGUCGCAGGCGAAUCAUCAUCCCUCCUGAGCUCGGACCCCCGACCGGCCCCUCCACCUUCUUCAGUGCCAAGCAGUACGAGGUGUUUGACAUUGAGCUGCUUGCCAUCCGCACCUGCGAGCGCCGCCAGAUCGUCUUCUACUCCGACGUGGUCUGCCAGUGA